AUGGCCUUCUGGAAGUUUGGUUUCCACUCCCAGUCGGCCAUUGACUCAAUCCUAUCCUCAUCAACGGCCAACCAGCAUCAUGCCAAUCCUAAUGCGGGUUGCUCGACACCCUCCUUCUCGAACCCUUCACUCCUACUCGAUAAGCUGUUGGAGGAGGAUGACCUACUCCAGGAGAUCAAGGCUCAACAUCCAAAGCUCGUCGAAUUCUUAGGAACCCGAGAGGUCGUCAGUCGGAUCCUGGGAUACGUCUCCGGGUUGAUCUUCGACGAUGAGGAGGCAGACCGACUGGCCGAACACUCAAAUUCAUCCCUCAACCGACUCUCAUCAAACCAUCCAUCAGCACCAGCAUCUGCAUCAGCAUCAUCUGCUGCCUCCUCGACCUCUCCUCAAUCACCACAAGGCCCAUCAGCCGUCAUGGGAUAUGGCGGUGCCCUAUUUAACUCCUUCAGGACUAGGGUCGUCAAUGAUACCAUCGGUGCCCUGCUAAUGGAUGCACUCGACUCUGAAGGACGCACACCAGAGGACCGGGCAAAGGCUGAACGGCGCAAGAUUCGCUACCCAUACCUCUGCACCGAAAUCCUAGCAUCCGAUCUCUGGAGUGUCACCAGUCAGAUCUUCAGCGACUUCCCUCGGCUCAACCUACUCACUCGUUUCUGGGACGCCGUUCUCGAUCAGCCUCCAUCGGCAACCGCUUCCAAAUCAGUCCAAAUUGGCUAUUGGGCUAAGGCUAACAUCACCCUGAUCAACUCCAAACCGAGCGAGAUGAUGUCCUUCAUCAGAUCAUAUCCCAACCUAAUCCCCAAACUACUCGCCCACUUUAAUUCCUCACCGAUCGUCGACGUCCUCAUGAGAAUCAUUCAAUCAGAACAGACUACCGAUGGCACGAUCGAUUGGCUGAUCGACUCGACCGACUUUGUCGAACUGAUCAUCAGUCUCCUCCAUCCAUCUCGAACCCCAGACCUGCAUCGUUCGGUAGCCGAAUUCCUCAAAGAUGUCAUCGCCUUCUGUACCAAUCACGUCAUCUCCACCUCUCUCUCACUCAAUCUGCCCAAUAAAGUCUCCAAUGGCUCCCUGCCCGGUGCCGAGGGUGGCCCCACCAGCUCGUCCCGACCUUGCCUCGCCCCGCUCAUGCGCGAAUUAUCCAGCUCAGCAGUGGUCUCCAAACUACUCUCCUUUGGACUCGACACCCCGGUUUCAGAGGAUGAUGGCGUGAUCACCAACACAAGUCUGGCCUCCUCACUCAUCAACUCACUCUCAGUCGUCAUCGACCUGAUCCGCCGAAACAAUUCUGACUACUCCGAGCACCAAUUGAUGGUUUAUCUUCGGGACUAUCCGCCCGCUCCAAGAGUCGAGGAGGAAGACGAGCCGUCGGAAGAAGGCCAUGAAAAGCCACUAAGCGACAGCGCCCCCCGGGUGGUCCCAUUGACCGGCCUGUUGAAUGCGAUCGGGGACCGGUUGGGCGACUUGCAGAUGCUGAUCAAGUCUCCACGCUCGGCCACUAAGCCUCUACAAACGGUCGUUGGACUGUCGGUCCCGUUAACCCAAGAACGAUUCCGACUGAUCGAACUCUAUGCCGAAUUACUACAUUGCUCAAACAUGGCCUUAGUCAACAGACUCGACUCAGAGCCCAGACCUCGGUACAACAAGGACGGCGCACUGGUCUCUGGACUUGACGCCUUGGUCGCCAUCUUUGGACCCUCAAACGAUGAACUGCUCUCGAAACCCUCCUCCGACGCACCUCCAACUGUCGUCGACUCUGAGGAACUUGCUUCAGCCGCUUCUCAUCCCUCUUCCCCGGAAGUUCCAGUCAACCUGACAAUGGCGACCACCGCAGACUCAGAAGAACUAUCAGAGAAAGCAGAACAACCAUCAGCAUCAGUAGCAUCCUCGCCAGAAAACUCCUCACCCGAGAAGUUCUCACCAGAAAAAUCAUCACCAGAAGAAUCCGUGCCAUCACCAGCAGAAACAUCACCAACAGAAGGAGGAUCAGGCAUUCCAGCAGGAGUGAGGAUGAAAGAACUGUUCCUAAAACAUAAAGUCUUGGACAGUUGUUUCGACCUCUUCUUCGCCUUCCCCUGGAACAACUUCUUGCACAAUGUGAUCUACGACCUUGUCCAACAAAGCUUGAAUGCCAAGUUCAGCAGGCACCAGCCUAGCGGAUUAGCCAGUCUCAAGCUGGCCCAAUCGUUCUUCGAAGAUACGAGGAUCGUCGAUAGGUUGUUGGAUGGCGUCGACGCUAAUCAUCUCUAUCAAAUGAAAGCAAAGAAUGGUCGAUUGGGGAACAUGGGACAUCUGAUUUUGAUCGGAGAUGAGGUGCUGAAAGCGGUCGAAAACAACCCAGAAGAGUUCGAGUCUAUCCUUGAGGAAUUAGAGAAGAAUGAGCGCUGGACCGCGUUUCUGAAUGGGCCGAUUCACGAGGCUCGGGAGCAUGCCAAGUUGCCCUUAGGAGGGGUGAUGCCGGUGAUCGGAGGGGGGAUGAUCGAGGCCCCAUUGAUGCCGGCGACGGAUGAGGUCGAGUCGAGUCUGAUUGCGGCCUCGACGGGCAAUUCUACAUCGAGUAUUACUCCUCCUAUUCAGGAAGAGAGUCCAGUGUCGAUCGAGGAGCGGACCGGUCAAGGCUCGAGUGGGGGGAACGGGAAGGGUAAGAAGGUGAGACAGGGUCGGACGAAGAAAGAUGGAGAAGAAGAAGGCUCAGAUGAGGACGAGAUGAUGAGUGUGCAAUCGACUAGAAAGGCCCCUCCCGGCCUCCUCCAUCGUUUUCAAGAACCUAAACAACAAACCGACUACGGCGAUGACGAUUGUUGGGACUCUAGUCGCCAUUCCGAUCCCUCUAGCUUUCGGUCUUCCCUCCUUUCCAAUCCGAAUUCUCCCGCCUUCCAUCAGAUGUCUUCUUCGAGUGUUAUCUCUAAUCCUACUCCAUUCGGCUUCGACGAUCGCUUCGAUGCGCCCACUCGUUCCUUUCCUCAAUCUUUCCAGGACCACUCCAAUCUCGAUGAAAGUGAUGAUAGAGACCCGGGAGAAGGAGGAGGAUUUGAUGAUGAUUUCGGGGGGCUUGGAGAAGUGGAUCGGGUGGGAAUAACAAGCCAAGCGAGUGCACGAGGAACCCCACGACCACAGCAGGCUCAGCCGAGUUCCGAACGAUCACCGGCGCAGAAUCUACAACAAUCGCUCUCAAUAACGGGAGGGACAGGAGGAGGAGUACAGACACUGAAGCAAGAGCAGGAAGAAGAGGAAGAGUGGGGCGAGUUCGCCGGGCCUACUCCCGCCAUCACCCUUACUCCUUCGCCUAACCUUUUGGAUUCAAAGGCUGAUGAUGAAAACCAGUGGAAUGACUUCGACCUCUUGGUCGAUCAAACUCACUCUAUGUCUCUCACCGACCCUACUCCCUCUUCUUCUUCUAUUACCCAUAAUACUACUACUACUACUCCUGAUCCUUCUUCCUCCUCUUAA